AUGCUCCAAGCGUCAUCGGAGCGGGCCGCAAGCCAACCGAGGCGCAGGUACACGUCAAAGGCCUGCGAGGAGUGUCGGCGCCGAAGGGCCAAGUGUGACGGACAGCGGCCCAUUUGCGGCCGGUGUUCCGAACGUUCUAUCAACUGUCUCUAUAGGAGUGAGGAGGAUGGCCGCAAACCUGCUUCCAAGACGUACGUGCAACUUUUGAGAAACCGAAUCAACUUGCUGGAAGCCGUGCUGCAAUCCCACACCAUCGAUGUCGAGGCAGCCGUUGCCCAGCUCUCAGCCACCGGGACAGCACCCCAGCUACCGUCCAUCGCGAGCACGCUGGCAACUGGUAGCGAUGCUGCCCUCAGCGUCUCUGCCUUUGACGAUCUUUGUGCCACUUUCGAGGGCGCUCUUUCUCUUGAUGAGUCGGUGAAUUAUGACCAAGAUGGCGAAAUGCGAUAUUUCGGCCCAUCGAGCGGCCGCUUGGAGUUCCAGAGCGAAUCUACACCAGACUCCGACGAUCAUGGUACUUCAUUAACCACAAAAUCUCCCGAAACAAAUCGCUAUAUUCUACCUUUGGAAGCCGAAGUCUAUCCAGAAGAUCUCACGACAGAGCUCAUUGACUUAUUCUUUGAGUACCAAAACCCCUGGUGCCAGGUAGUCGAUGAAAAGCUAUUCAGGGAAAGCAUGAAGACUCAAGGCCGCUUCUUCAGUCCUCUGUUACUCAACUGCAUACUUGCUCUGGGGUCACGCUAUUCUGACAGGACAGAUAUUCGUUCGGUCCCGGAUGAUCAAAAUACAGCCGGAAAAAUCUUUCUUCAAAAAGCCGAAAUCCUCUUGCGUUAUGACAUGAAGCGUCCGACAAUCACGACGCUUCAGUCAAUGUCAAUCCUGGUUGGCGUCUAUGUGUCCUACGGAUGCGAUGCCGCUGGAUGGCUACACCAAGGGAUGGCGAAUCGACUGGCUCUCGAUAUGGGUCUCAACCUCGACGCAACCUCGUUAUCUGGCACAUGCCGCAUGUCCAAUGAUGAGAUAGAGCUGAGACGGCAGAUUUACUGGGCUCUGUAUUGUGAUGACAAACUCGCAGCCAUCUACACGGGGCGAGUCUGCAACCUUUUGGAUGUUCAAGGGGCUGUCAAUCUGCCAUCAACACACACAGAAGAGCAGAUGAGAGCAGGAGCAAACAACUCGAAUGAAGCAAAUCGAUGUAACAAAAAGGUCCUCGUACACCGUGGUCUGAUUGGACUCUGUCGUAUCCUGGAAAAUAUCCUGUUGGCCCUAUACGCCCCAAAACCACUCUACAAGGGCCCGCAGAGGAUAUCAUUCCUCCAUUCCUGCACCCUAGAGCUCAAGACCUGGUUCUACGAGCUCCCCGCCGAGCUCCGCAUCGACAAGCAUAACGACGUGCCGCAGGUGUACACCCUGCAUAUGGUCUACCACACCUGCUGCAUCCUCCUGUUCAAGCCUUUCCUCCUCAAAUUCAAAGACACCCCCGCGGCCCUCAAGACCGACACCGCCAAGCGCGCCGAGGUACUCUGCAUCGAGGCGGCCAAGCGGAUCUGCCACGCGGGCAAAAAGUACCGCCAGGUCUACGGCUCGUUUCGAAAGAGUCCCAUCACGGCGACGCACUGCACGCUCACUGCGGCGUUGGUGCUGAUUCAGUACGCCAGUCCGGAUCCCGAUUUUGCGAAUACCGGCAGGCCGUGCUGUACGGUGUACAUUGAAGCGUGUUUGGAGGUUUUGGCAGAGUUGGGUAUCUCGUGGAACCCCGCGCGUAGGAUGAGGUGCGAUCUCAUCAAGUAUCUGUACCAAAAGUAUCCGGAAAGGAUGCCGAAUUCGCUUCUGCAACAAAGCUACAGGGAUCCAACGACGAUGGUUGAAAAGGACGCCACAACGACCCAGCCGCAACAGACUCUGGAACAGAACUUGUGCCCCUUGAUGACAAUGAUUGACCAGGAUUUCACAUGGGAUGAGGAAUUUGAACAAGGACUUCAGGGGACCUUGCAGAAUGGUGGAUCGGAGUCGGCUUUCAAUACGCAGUUCGCCUUGGCAGAUUCAAUCGGCAACAUGGGCGAGCAGAAUGGAUCGAGUUUCAUGGACGAUACAUUUUGGGCUGGGGUGAAUUUUGACAUCAAUUUCGAGGCGCAAUCUUGGGAGUAG